GGUGCGGCGGGCAUGGAGCGGGGCCGGGACGGGGAGGAGGAGCUGGAGGAGGAGGAUGAGGAUGAGGAGGAGGAGGAUGGCGGCCCGGAGAGCGCCCUGGAGAAGAGCCCGUUCCAACUGACGGCCGCGGAUGUCUACGACAUCUCCUCGGUGGUGGGCCGGGACCUGCUGCAGCUCCGCGCCGGGCCGCAGCUGCCCGCCGCCCGCGCCCGGCUGCAGUUCAGGAUCGUCAGGGUGCUGGAGAUGCUGGAAGCGCUGGUGAGCGAGAGCAGCGUGGCCGAGGAGCAGCUGCGGAGAGAGCGGGACAGCCUCCGGAGGGAGCUGGAGCAGCUGCGGGCGGCGGCCCGGGGGAGCGACCCGCAGCCCAGCAGCCUUGGACCAGAUCAAAUGGUGAUAGACCUCACAGACCCCAACCGGCCCCGGUUCACCCUGCAGGAGCUCCGAGAUGUAUUGCAGGAGAGGAACCAGCUGAAAGCUCAGCUUCUGGUGGUGCAAGAGGAGCUACAGUGCUAUAAGAGUGGGAUCAUCUCACAGAAAAGGGACCAAAGUGAAGAACUGGAAAAAGCAGCCAGUGGCAGCAGUGCUGGCAGCAGCAAGAACAGUGAAGAGAAGACAAUCAUCAAACGGCUGUUUUCUUUUAAACAUGGAAAAUGAGUAUCCUCAAGGACUUAACUGCUGCUGGUGAGAAUGGCACUGCUGGGCCUCAGAGGCAUUGGCAAAGACAAUGGCUGGAAGCAGCAGCAUCACUCCUGCUGUAGAGAAUGAGCAAUCUCAUUUCAAUCACGUUGUAUAAUAUUCUCUCAGAAUAGAUCUUACUCUGUUUUUUCAGAAACUGUUUGAAACAUACUUUUUAUAUUUCUUACUGUCAGACAUUACCCACAUGUAGAAAAUAAAACAUUUAUACAAAGUUGUGGUUUAUUCUUAUUAAAAGAGCCUGUGAUGAUCUGUACUACAGCACACUUACCCUGUCCAGGUGUCAAAACAUUCAGCCCAAAUGAUUUUGUGAGAUGAAGGUAAGUUUAGAGAGACAUGCCAUUCAUGAGUGGUUGUUUGGGGGUGAGAUGAACAGGGGAGAAAAGCACAGUAAAGGAAGAAAAGCUGCUGCACUUGGGCUCUGCCCACAUGAGGACUGAGGUGCAGGCAAUGCUCAGACUGGAACAGAUGCACCAAACAUUUCAUUUCUGACAGCUAAAAGUCUCCUGUGCUAGGCAGUUGUGUUUUGCAUAAGCUCUGUUCUUUCAAUCACCUGCCACAAGCUGUGUGUUGGCCCCAGUAAUCAGAUUUAGCACCAGUGGAAGCAUAUAGGGCAAACAGAGGAGUGGGAAAAGAAGCUUGAAAGACACCAGUUAGGUUCUCCAUUUAGAAAGGGAGAAUAUCCAGAGCAGAAAAGUCUGAACAGACAUAAAAGCAGCAGUGACAGGUAUCAAACUGUGAUCUUACUCUCUUUAGAAAUAAAAGCAGGCUCUGAAGUCCUUUGAUUCCCUCUCCUACACUGGCAGCAUGAAGAAUAUAGGACAGCUCACACGUGCUCAGCUGCACAAGGUGAAUGUGGCUCAGCAGAAGGCAGAGCUGCAGCUCCCUUCAGAGGGCAGGAACAACUGUCUGUGAGCAAGGCCACACCACAGAGGCUGACCUGAGCCAGCUGGUUCAGCCAGGGCACAGAACCACUCAAGUCCUUUUGCCAUCUUCAAAAUAUCAGCAAGCCUUGGCCAUGCCCUCAUUGUGUAUUUCCUAGAGCAUGGCAGCAGGGAGGGCAGUUACUGCAUUGCCUGAGCAGAGAUUCUGUACACAGAAAAAUUAAACAAAGAAACAAUCAAUCAGCAACAGCCAGGAUACAGCUCUGAGCUGGAGAGAGAUGCUUACAUGUGAUCUGAAUUCCAUCCUCUUCCAUGGUUUAUCCAGGGAUGUGUUUUCCAAUCUUUAAAAAAAGCAGUUUAGCUCCCAACCCAAGGGUAUUUUUCCCUGUGACACCUUAUUAAAAGAUGAAGCCUUCCUGUGAGACACAGAUAAAUAUCCAAAUGACAUGUCCUGUGAGCAGUACAUUUACAUAGGUUUAUAGAUGUCUAUAUGUGUUCCUAGAAAAGUAAAGGAUACAUAAGCAGUGCAACAUGAGCUUUAUUUCCAUCCUCCAACGCAGUGCUACUCAAUUACCAGUUAAGCUUUCAGAGAAGACAUUUUCCUUUUAUGUAAAACAGGGAGAUCUUCCCCCCCUUUCUUGUUUACAAAAGUGAUGCUGAAGUACAGAGGUUUUAAGCUAUUCAACCUGAUAGAGAACAAGUAAAUGUUUAAAUAAAAUAAACAAAAAAUUAUUCCAAUUUUGACUUGAGGGAAGUGCUUUAGUUUAACAGGACACUGUACACAUUGCUGAGGUCUCUGUUACUGAGACCAGAGAAAAAUCAGUGCCAACUCAGACAAGUUGGCCAAUGAGGCUUACCUGAAAUAGAACAGGUCUCCAGUUAAUUCUUCAGAAAUGGGAAAAUACCCAGGCUUGCUCUGACGAGUUUGCCUUAUGUGAAGCAGUAAAUAAUAUAAA